AUGGUUCAACAAAUAAGUUUAUUCGGCGUAAUUGAUGAGGAAUCAUAUGAUUUAUUCAUCUCAACUAUAACAACAUUAUCAGGUACAUCACCAAUAUUAUUCUCAAGAUUUUCUACGGUUUGGAAACCACUUUCACAGCAAUAUGAUAUAGAUAACAUCGAUGCUAAAAACCAAAUCACUGAACCAAAUAGAAUAACCGUUUCCAAGUCUAUACCGUUUAAUCAAUUCCAAUUUUCUUCUUCAAGCGAUGCUGAAUACGACUAUAAAAUAUUGAAAAGUUUAUCUGAUGAUACUAUACCAAUGGAUCCACAAGAGAUUAUUUCAAUAAUCUAUAAAACAAAUGCACAGGGAUCCUCAUCAUCAUCGUGUUCAUGGUCAUUGGCGAUAUCAGAUAUUCCAGCAGCGGGAGCUAAUAAGAAAGUUUCCCUUCAAACCAUCAAUGAAUCUGUAUUAUUAUAUUCCACGGGUGAAAAAUCGUCAUUAAGUGAUACGAUGAAUGCAUUAGGGUAUAAUCUAGAUUACAACUAUGUAACCAUUGGAGUGAAAUUUUAUUUGAAGCAUGAAUUGAUUAUAGAAGUUCAAAAAAUUUGGACAAUCAAUAACAAUAACGACACGGCGAAUACCUUGCAAGUUACAAAAAAUGGAUAUUUGAUUAAAGCAUAUGUGGAUGUUAAUAGAAGCACUGAUAUUGAUAGAAUUAAUUAUACAGAGACUUUACUUUUAAAUUUACAAAGAGAAUUACAAGGGUAUGUCGAUUUGGUUAUUCCGGAUCGUAAAUCAAUGGAUUCUAGAAUGUCCUAUUUUUAA